ACUCAUCAUUUUUCUCCACUACAUUCUCUCAAACCAAAAACAUCUUUCCGAGAAGGGAAAAAAAAAAAGAGCUCAAGAGAAUAAGCAAAUGGCCGAUCAGCUCACUGACGAUCAGAUCUCUGAAUUCAAGGAGGCUUUUAGCCUAUUUGACAAGGACGGAGAUGGUUGCAUUACUACCAAGGAGCUGGGGACUGUGAUGCGAUCACUUGGGCAGAACCCCACUGAGGCGGAACUCCAAGAUAUGAUCAAUGAAGUUGAUGCUGAUGGAAACGGGACCAUUGAUUUUCCUGAAUUCCUUAACCUGAUGGCUAGGAAGAUGAAAGAUACUGACUCAGAGGAGGAGCUUAAAGAGGCGUUCAGGGUAUUUGACAAGGAUCAGAAUGGUUUCAUAUCGGCUGCUGAGCUUCGUCAUGUCAUGACAAACCUUGGUGAGAAGCUUACCGACGAGGAAGUUGAUGAGAUGAUCCGUGAAGCAGAUGUUGAUGGUGAUGGACAGAUCAACUACGAGGAGUUCGUCAAAGUGAUGAUGGCCAAGUAAACCAGGAUCAAAAGGUGGGAGGGUGGAUGGAACAGGGCAGAUAAGUUUGCUAAGAUUUCUAUUUAUGAAUAGGACAUCUAUGUUAUUAGCUUUUGUUGGAUGGUUUUCUAUAUCAUGGUGGCAUUAUUUUGUGGACCGGACCUUAGUAUUCUGCUUGUUUGCUCUGUUUUUUGUUCAAUAGUGCUGUGUUAGCGUCAAUAUUUUUAUGCUGCUUUUAUUCGAAUUCUUGGUGCCGUGAACCUGGAACAAUCUGGAAGAUUCAAUGUAUUUUUGCUU